GCGCCCGGUACCCGGUGCAGAGGGUCGCUGAAGUCAGCACGGAAACAGGCCAUCUUGGCCCUCCUAGUCUGUGCCGAACUCUACCUAGUCCCACCGACCUGCAUUCAGCAGAAAUCGAUAUAUCGUUUUGGAUACUGUUGAAGAGGCAGACCUGACAGAGGAGGAUCACAGUGAACGAGACUCUGGCAUUCUGCCCAGUGCCGAAAUCAAGAGAGCAAGAAGAAAUGCGGUAGUUAUAGGGGAUUCCAUCGUAAGUGGGACGGACAAGAGAUUCUGCGAGCUGGACAAGGAUACCUGGAUGGUGUGUUGCCUCCCUGGUGCCAAGAUAGCUGCAUUCUGGCAUUAUGCUCUCGGAUGGUUCAGCUUUAUUCUUUAACUUUGAAUUAUUUUAGUCGCUUAAUCAUGAAUCCAAAUGACUUCAUUGUGGUACCAGCAAACAAACCUCUCACUUCUGUCAAGUUAAAAGCAAGAAAUCUUAGGGAGUUACGGUUAGAAACUGCGCAACUGGAACUAGAUCGUGAUGUAAUGGAACAAAGAUUGCAUCAACUUCGACAAGCUAUGAGUAAGGAAAAGGAAGAAAGGGAACGAGCAGGAGCAUAUCAUUGGAAAUCUGGACAGGUGGGAAACCUGACAAAUCAUGCCCAAGUAGUGCUGAAGAAUAAAGAUAACUUUAAUCAAAAGAAAACUUCUGGAAAGGCAAAAAUCAAAAUACUGAAGGAUCAAUGUAUAGAGCCUCCAAAACGUGAAUCCUCCAGUAUACCAAUUUGUGAAACUGAAAGGCCAAAAGUCAAUUGGAAGUUAUGUGGACAGUGUGAGACCAGAAGUCCUGUAUUGGUUUGUAUUGAGUGUGGAGAAGAUUACUGUUCCAGCUGCUUUGCUAAAUUCCAUCAAAAGGGGGCGCUGAAGCUUCACAGGUUUUCCCCUUUCCAGACGGAGAAACCUGCAUCAAGCAAUUCAUUGCAUUUAGUCAGCCAGUUUGAAAAACAAAUUGAAUCUGAUGAUUCUCCUGUGAAUACAAAACAGUUUCUAAAGGAACCAAUUUCAGGCAGAACGCUUUCACCUAAAAUAAAUACACAACAAAAUGCUGAGGUUCUUACUGUACAUCAAGAGGAUGGUAAGUCAGCUCUAAGUGUGCAAAGCAGUGCAGAAGACCUUCAUAGUGGAUCAUUACUAAAUGGCAAUUUUGAUGAGGAACAGUCAGCAAGGGCAUUCCAAGAUGCAUUGAAAGAGUGGAGGGAAAGAAAACCUAUUGAAGCUCUGUUGCCACCCAAGACAUUUUCAGUUUCCAUAGGUGUAUCACAAACAGAAGACAACCUUCAAAAUUCAAAAAUAGUAAAAGAAAUUGUGUUUAAAGAUCACAAUAUAACCUAUCUGGAGAGGUUGCUACUGAAGAAGCAUAAAAGAACUCCGGAACAAUCAUUUCCAGUUGAAGUAAUGGAUGACCUGAGUACUUUUAUGUGCUCACCCGAUAAAGAGAAGAAUGAGCAAAAAGAUGAAGAACUUUUACUGACAGCUGAAGAGAUUGAGGAACAUGAAAACUAUGUUGCCCUUUUUAAAGUUGAUGAACUAUCUGAAGAUGUAGAGCAAGUACAUCCAGUUUUGAGGUUUUCUGAAGUGGAUGAUGCUGCAGAUGAAAUAAUCGAAGAAUCUUUCAACUAUUUGGUUGAAGAAGCAGAGUACAGCGGAGAAGAAAAUAGUCCAAGAACUAACAGAAGCUUAUCUGACCUGGUAAGCUCAUCAGUGCAACAAGAUAUCACUAUAUCAAGAAAUACUGAUACUUCACCAGCUCACGACUCAAAUCAAAAUGGUUCAUCAGAUCUUAGUUGUACUUAUAAUGUAGAAAGGGAAGAUAAACUGUUAUUUCCUGACACAGAUUUCUCAGCAGUUGACCAGAAUGGUUCAUUUUCAAACUACAAGCUAACCUGCCCUCAGAAGGGAACAACCACCGACACCCAUUGUGCUGAAAGACCAAGUACUGUUUCUUCUGACAAUGACAGAAACUCAUCCGGUAGACCCAAGUUUGCAACCCAAAUGCUUGAAAAAACAUACAUUGUUAAUUCAAUAUUGCCAUCUCAGUGGACUUCUGACUUUUCAAAUAUUCCUCAUGAAGAUCCUGUUUCUGCUUCAAAAAUCUAUAAAGAAUUUGACCAGACGUUACAAGUGGACAAUUUAGAGGACAGCAUGAACAAUAGUCUCACUGUCCGACCAACUAAUGAAUUACAAAAGAUUGCUCAUGCUCAAGAUAUUGAUGUUGGCAAAUAUUUGGGUAUGGAAGGUUUCUUCUCCUUGCAACUGGAUCCUAAUCUGAUUGUUCCAGCACUCUCUGUGAAACGAGUGAUCGAUGACAAAACGGAAAUGGUGGUGACACUGGUCAAAGAAGAUGGUGACUGGCGACCGGACAGUAGUCUUUGUGAAUAUGCUGAUGACUCCGUUGUUCAUGAUGUAAUUGAUGAUAUUCAGUGUAGACCUCCAAGCAGUUUUGGAAGAUCUGGUUCUUCAAAAAAUAACACAGCAUGGAUGAAGUUAUCAAAAUCAACUUCACGAACUCUGGGAUGUCCUGAGAGAAUUAUGUCAGCCUCUGCAGCAGUUUCAUUGUGUGAGACACCACAAAUUGAAAGAAGAUACCUUGUUAAGCAGAAGCAGCAUGAAAUUUCCCAGCUGACCACCACUACUCACCCACUAUCUACAGCUGCAAUUGAAAUUUCUGAAGUGUCGAGUACUGAUGUUGAGGAAGAUGAAUCCAGUUUUGAAAAAGAAGCAGACGAACAAGCUUUAAUUGAUUUGGAGAGGGAACUGUUGAAGAUAAAUAAAGGAGGCGAACAUAGUUUGGACGUGGUUUCUGCUUGUGAUUUGUCAAUGUCUUCUGGGCAAUCAUUUGAAAAGGGCACUCCACUUAUGCAAAGGGAGGCUGUUCAGUCCCAGUUUAUGCUUGAUUCUCUGGCAACAGAAGCUGGUGAAGUUCACACAGAUGAUGAGGCCGAAGAAGCCCAAGACAGACAAAAUGUUCUGCUAUUAUUCUGA